AUGAUACCUUGCUCUGAUGAUGUUCAUCAUAUGACGGACGAAAGCUUAGCAACUUUUCACCGGAAUCGAAAGAGAUUGCCUUGGAAACAGCGUCAGCAUGAAUUUUCCAGUAAAGCCAAUCGACAGCUGGUCAAGAGGAUUCGGCCGUCGUCUUCUGGUGCAACCGAUCUUCGAAUUUCUUCACCCAACACUUUCACUCGAAAUGGAAGUAAGCUCAACGAGUGUGGAUUUAGCCUUAACCAUCCCUCAGCUGGCAAAUUACGUCAGCUUCUUCUGGACAACGACUCAACACCCUCUAGCUCCUCUAAUCUUUCAACCUAG